AUGAUAGAAGAUGUACAUAAUAGCAUGAAAGAAAAUCAUUAUGCACCUCCAAACCCAUCUUCAAGACAAUUCAAUAGAUCGUCACCAAUGCCCACAAGAGUUAAACGUGAACGCCCGCCAAGCUCGUAUUUCGAGAUACCUCCCUCAUUAGAAUCUCCAACUUCGUCCAAGUCCAUCAACAAUCUUACCACCACCACCACCACCACCAAAUCCAAUAAGGACAAUGCAUCUCCCUUAUUUAAUAGACAACCAUUCAAAAACCUUUCAAACAUCGUACUACCCACCAUGAGGAAAAAGAUAUCAACAUCAUUAACUCAAUCCAUGUCGGCAGUGUCAAAGUCUUCUCAUAUGUUCUUUCAAUCAACAUCAACUCCAGCAAGAGGGUUAGGUAUAGAUUUAACUGAUGAAGACGAAGCUGAUGUUGAUAUCGAUGAUGAUGGUGAAGAUACAACCGAAGAAGAUAUAGAAGUACCUGGAUCACCAACCCAAAUCUCUAAAGAAGCAAGAUCGAUCAGAAGAAUUCAUUCAUUAUGUCAAACUACCAAAGAAAUUGAAAGUUUUGUACCUAUGGAUGAUAACUCAUAUUUAAAGAACACCAAUAUUAGGACUUUCACCGUAGAGAAUGAUUUACUUCCAAGAAUUGAUGAAGUUGAAUUACAUAAAAUCUUAAAGGGUGAACAUAAAAAUGCAUUUGAUAAAUGUAUAGUUGUUGACUGUAGAUUUGAUUAUGAAUUCGAAGGUGGUCAUAUUAAUGGCGCUAUUAAUAUCUCUACCAAAGAACAAAUUGAAAUGGAAUUCAUUCAUAAUGUUAAACCAGAUACCAAUUUAAAAACUCUUUAUGUUUUUCAUUGUGAAUUUAGUGUGUUCAGAGGUCCUACUAUUGCUACGCAUUUAAGAAAAUGUGAUCGUCGAUUAAAUCGUGAUGUUUAUCCAUAUUUAUCAUAUCCUGAUAUUGUUAUCUUGGAAGGGGGUUAUAAGAAUUUCUUUAAAAGUUAUCGUGAUCUUUGUUUCCCUCAAGCUUAUGUUGAAAUGAAAGAUGUUAAUCAUGAAAAGAAUUGUGAAAAUCAUAUGAAUAAAGCUAGGUUAGAUAAUAAAUUAACCAGAGCUAAAUCAUUUAAUCAAUAUGAUAAUUUCUUUAAUCCUCAUCAUAAUAAUGCAUCUACUUCAAGUUUACCAUUUCCAACUGCUGCUCAUAAUAGAUCACAAUCUUAUUCCACCAAUACUAGUGAAAAGAUUUUAAAGAGACAAAGAUCAAAUUCAAAAGUUUUAAAAACUUUAUCAUCUGCUUCUAUGAGUAGUAUAAGAUUAACUAGAGCUUCAACAUUCUCAUAUGAUCAAUCAAUCUUUAAUUCAAAUUCAUCAUCUCCAACUUUAAUGCCACUUAAUACUAAUAAUGUUAAUAAUGCUAGUAAUCAAGAUAUUGAUUCAUCACCAUUUUUACCUCCAUCUACUUCAUUCCAUAAGUCAAUGAAUGAUGAUAGAAAAUAUUCAUCUACUACAUCCAUUUACUCAUCAUCAUCAUCUAUUAAUUCUGAUAAUAAUGGAUUAUUUUCAUCUUGUGAAUCAUUGACUGAUUCAUCUCCAAUGAUUGAAUUUCCUGAAUUUUUUGAUGCAAAAGUUCCUAUUAGAAGUGGAAAUCAUAAUAUAUUAAAACCAUUAACUAAGAAACCAUCUGGUCCUGUUCCUUCAUUACCAAAUAGAUCAACCAGUGUUUGUGGAACUAAUAAUCAAAGUACUGCUAUGACUUCUAAUUCCAGUUAUAAGUUUCCUAUAACCAAACCACCAAUUAGACUUCAUCAUAAUAGAUCAUCUAGUGCCAAUAGUAAUACAUUAACUCCCACCAUUAGUAAUAAUACUAUAAUUGCUAAUGCACCAGGUUCUGCAGUAACAGGGAAUGUUCCAUCAACUAUUACUACUACGGUUACUAAUAAAUUCACCAAUAAUCCAUUUUUAAUGUCAUCACCAAUUAUUAGUUCACCAUUAUCAACCACUACACCUAUUUCUAUUUUUGAUUCUACUAUUUCAACUCAUGGUCCUACAUCAUCAAUCAUUGAUCCUAUUAAUGAAACACCAGUUGAUUUCACAGUUCCAAUUUCUGGUAAAAUUGGUUCUAUUAAUUCAAGAUAUAUAAAUCAUUCAAGAAGAACUUCUGGUUCAUUUCUUUCAUCUGCUGGCGGAGGAUUAUAUAAUUUUAUUGAUAUUGAUGAAGUUGAUGAAGUUGAUGAAGAAGAAGAGGAAGAUGAAGUUGAUGAUGACGAAGAAGAUGAUACUUUUUAUAAUUCUACUAAUAAUACUAAAGAUACAACUCCUGGUAAUUCUAUUAUUACCACUAGUACAUUUGAAAAAGCCAAAAUGUCAGCAUUGAUUCAAAAGAAUCCCUUUAAUACUAUUAAUUAA